AUGUGUGGCGGUGCGGAGAGCGUUGCAUUGUGGCUUGAGGGCCUCGACGGUGGCUUGGUAUCGUCGUCCAGGCCACCGCUUGUGUUGCUUUCCUAUCCCCUUCCAUUCUUCCCCACGCCCAGAAGAAGAAUCAUCACUCAGAAUCACCUCAUCAGUUGGACUGUAUUUGUUGCAAGCAUGGAGAAGUUCCAGGCAUUUGGGAAAAACAUCAGCGCGAAUUUCACGCCCUUUGCGGCGCGGACGCAACAGAUGAUCAAGGAGCAGUUUGGUCAGGUCGAGGAUAAGACGCAACUGCCAGACGAAUAUAUUGAACUUGAGAAGCGUGUGGAUGCGCUGAAGCUGGUCCACCAGAAGCUUCUUCAGGUGACCUCCCAAUAUUCCAACGAAGCAUACGACUACCCUCCCAAUAUCCGCGAGUCCUUCAACGACUUGGGUCGCACCAUCAGUGAGAAGGUCCAGCUGCUCUCUCAUGCCUCCAACCCCUCCGAAGUCCAGGCUGCCCUGACUGCCCCUCCCUCCGCGAAGCCGCAGCCCAAGACGUUCAACCACGCUAUUGCCCGCGCCGCUCUCUCAGGUUCGCACGUUCUGGUGCAGAACUCCCACGGCGAAGACCCGCUGGCCACCGCUCUGGAGAAGUACGCUUUGGCUGAAGAACAAGUGGGCGACGCCCGUCUGUCACAGGAUGCUCAGAUCCAGUCUCGUUUCUUGGCUGGGUGGAACACUACUCUUAACACCAAUCUGAUGUUCGCCGCUAAGGCACGAAAGAAUGUGGAAAAUGCUCGGCUCAUGUUGGAUUCGAUCAAGGCCAGCAAGAAGGCUGCCGUGAAGGGUGACUUGGAUAACCUGAGUGAGGAGGCUCGUGCCGAGAUUGAGCAGGCUGAGGAUGAGUUUGUUGGACAGACUGAGGAGGCUGUUAGCGUUAUGAAGAAUGUUCUUGAUACACCCGAGCCUCUGCGGAAUCUUGCGGACUUGAUUGCGGCACAACUUGAAUUCCACAAGAGGGCCUAUGAUAUCCUCAGUGAGCUUGCUCCUGUCGUUGACGGACUUCAGGUUGAACAAGAGGCCAGCUACCGUAAGAGCCGUGAGGGUGCAUAG